UUCCGGCAACUGAGUAGACAACCCCACCCGGUAGCAACAAGGGGGCCUUUCAUUCUCUCGUCGCAGCAGUGUGCGACGGGAAAGAGAACGUAACGACGAACGUGAGCCGCUGCCUGUGCUGAGGAAGGCGGCAAAGCAGAAGGAGAAGCAGGAAGGCCCAGAAACAUGGAUACAGACCUAUAUGAUGAGUUCGGAAAUUAUAUUGGUCCGGAGCUUGAUUCUGAUGAUGACGACGAUGAAAUGGGUCGAGAUUCAAAGGAUCUUGAUGAGCUCGAUGAUGAUGACGAUGAUGAUGAUAUGGGGGACCAUGAUGAUGACCAUCAUGGAAUGGAUGUGGUGCUUCAUGAAGAUAAGAAGUACUACCCAACUGCUGAAGAAGUCUAUGGUCCAGAGGUGGAGACCAUAGUACAAGAAGAAGACACACAGCCCCUCACUGAGCCUAUUAUUAAACCAGUGAAGACCAAGAAAUUCUCUCUUAUGGAGCAAACGUUGCCAGUCACAGUGUAUGAGAUGGACUUCCUAGCAGAUCUGAUGGAUAAUUCUGAAUUGAUCCGGAAUGUUACACUCUGUGGGCACCUACACCAUGGAAAGACUUGUUUUGUGGAUUGCCUGAUUGAACAGACUCAUCCUGAAAUAAGAAAACGUUACGAUCAAGAUCUUUGCUAUACAGACAUACUGUUCACUGAGCAGGAGAGGGGAGUUGGGAUCAAGAGCACACCAGUGACUAUUGUUCUCCCGGACACCAAGGGCAAAUCAUUUCUCUUCAAUAUCAUGGACACACCCGGUCAUGUAAACUUCUCGGAUGAGGUCACAGCAGGACUUCGUAUUUCCGAUGGUGUGGUUCUCUUCAUUGAUGCUGCUGAGGGGGUAAUGCUCAACACUGAGCGGUUGAUCAAGCAUGCAGUGCAAGAGAGAUUGGCAGUAACUGUGUGCAUUAACAAGAUUGACCGACUAAUACUGGAACUGAAACUGCCUCCAACUGAUGCCUAUUACAAACUGCGACACAUUGUUGAUGAAGUCAAUGGCUUAAUCAGCAUGUAUUCCACAGAUGAGAACCUGAUCCUUUCUCCACUUCUGGGAAAUGUUUGUUUUGCCAGCUCCCAGUACAGCAUCUGUUUCACACUGGGUUCCUUUGCUAAGAUCUACACUGACAUGUAUGGAGACAUCAACUAUCAGGAGUUUGCUAAAAGGCUUUGGGGAGACAUCUACUUUAAUCUCAAAACGAGAAAGUUCACUAAAAAGGCUCCAACAAGCAGUUCCCAGCGGAGCUUUGUGGAAUUCAUUCUUGAGCCCCUCUACAAAAUAUUGGCUCAGGUGGUUGGGGAUGUUGACACCACCCUGCCCCGAACACUGGAUGAACUGGGAAUCCAUCUAACCAAAGAGGAACUGAAGCUCAACAUCCGCCCUCUCCUGAGGCUUGUCUGCAAGAAAUUUUUUGGAGAGUUCACAGGCUUUGUGGAUAUGUGUGUGCAGCACAUCCCCUCCCCGAAGGCAGGAGCAAAGACCAAGAUUGAGCAUACUUAUACUGGUGGAGUUGACUCUGACCUGGGAGAGGCCAUGAGCGAAUGCGACCCUGAUGGUCCACUUAUGUGCCAUACCACAAAGAUGUACAGUACAGAUGAUGGGGUCCAAUUUCAUGCUUUCGGAAGGGUGUUAAGUGGGACUAUCCAUGCAGGGCAGCCUGUCAAGGUUCUUGGAGAAAAUUACACACUAGAAGAUGAGGAAGACUCACAAAUUUGUACAGUUGGACGACUGUGGAUCUCGGUAGCAAGGUACCACAUAGAAGUCAACAGGGUGCCUGCCGGCAAUUGGGUGCUCAUUGAGGGAGUGGACCAGCCUAUUGUGAAGACAGCCACCAUCACUGAGCCAAGGGGCAAUGAAGAGGCUCAGAUAUUCCGUCCUUUGAAGUUCAAUACCACAUCUGUCAUCAAAAUUGCAGUAGAGCCUGUAAAUCCCUCUGAGCUACCCAAGAUGCUGGAUGGGCUGCGGAAGGUCAACAAGAGUUAUCCUUCUCUCACUACAAAGGUGGAAGAAUCUGGAGAACAUGUCAUCUUGGGAACAGGCGAGCUCUAUCUUGACUGUGUGAUGCACGACUUGCGGAAAAUGUACUCAGAAAUUGAUAUCAAGGUUGCUGAUCCUGUUGUCACUUUCUGUGAGACAGUUGUGGAAACAUCUUCCCUGAAGUGUUUUGCUGAGACACCCAAUAAGAAGAACAAGAUCACUAUGAUUGCUGAGCCUCUGGAGAAAGGUCUGGCUGAAGACAUUGAGAAUGAAGUGGUGCAGAUAACAUGGAACAGGAAAAAGUUGGGUGAAUUUUUCCAGACCAAAUAUGAUUGGGAUUUGCUGGCUGCUCGUUCUAUCUGGGCCUUUGGACCAGAUGCUACAGGACCAAACAUCUUGGUGGAUGACACCUUGCCAUCAGAGGUUGACAAAACUCUUCUGGGUUCUGUGAAGGACAGUAUUGUGCAGGGUUUCCAGUGGGGAACUAGAGAAGGACCACUUUGUGAUGAGUUGAUCCGUAAUGUGAAGUUCAAGAUUCUGGAUGCUGUUAUUGCCCAGGAACCAUUGCACCGGGGAGGUGGGCAGAUCAUCCCAACAGCCCGCCGGGUGGUGUAUUCUGCUUUCCUCAUGGCCACCCCACGAUUAAUGGAGCCAUAUUACUUUGUGGAAGUCCAGGCCCCUGCUGAUUGUGUGUCUGCAGUGUACACAGUUUUAGCCAGGCGAAGAGGCCAUGUGACCCAGGAUGCACCCAUCCCAGGUUCUCCUCUGUACACUAUCAAAGCCUUCAUCCCAGCUAUUGACUCAUUUGGGUUUGAGACUGACCUCAGGACACACACCCAAGGACAAGCAUUCUCACUCUCAGUCUUCCACCACUGGCAGAUUGUUCCAGGUGACCCAUUAGACAAAAGCAUUGUGAUUAGACCUCUUGAACCCCAGCCCGCACCUCAUCUGGCCAGAGAGUUCAUGAUCAAGACUAGACGCAGGAAGGGGCUAAGCGAGGAUGUGAGCAUCAGCAAGUUCUUCGAUGACCCUAUGUUGCUGGAGCUGGCCAAACAGGAUGUGGUGUUGAACUACCCCAUGUGAUUGCGUUGGAUUGGUUCCCCCACCCCCACUGGAGAGGAAUACUUUCCCAAGCAAGAGAUUGCUGUCUUCUUGUUUACUGGCAUCCUACACAGGAGACACUGCUGCGUCUCUACUGUUCGUGCUGCUGUCCCAUGGUCAAGACAACUUUUCACCAGGAUGGUUUUGUGCUUUUAGGAAAAGUCUUGUAAUGCUAUGACUGAACACUGCAGCAAUCCUAUCCCAUUCUAGUCAGAAUGUACCACCCUAAAUUCAGUCCCGAAGAAAUUCGGUUUGAACUACACUAUUUUUCUGCAGUAAAAGCCAUAGUAGUGUGGUAUUGUUCUAAAAGAUAAUUCUGCAACCUUACCUUUUAAGCUUUCAAAAAGUAUUGGCAGGAAUAUCCAGUUUCAUCUUUCCCAUUCAAAGUGAACAGUGACCUCAUCGCUCACUCAUUUUGAUGGAGUAACAAUUCACUGCCACCACUUUCUGAUUGGAUUGUAUAGAGGGAAAAUAUUGCAUUCUCUAAAUACUGUUUUUUUAAUGCUUUCAAAGGAACCCACCAGAUUUUGUCAAAGGCCAGUUCUUUCCAUGCCACUUCCAGCAUUCUAGAGCUACAAAUGUGUUCUCCUAACUGGAUUUAUAGUGUGGAGAUGAGGUUGUGUAAAGAAAAUAAAUAUUUUUUACAUCUUGUGACUAGAUAAAAACA